UCUACAUUCAAGUUUUAACACAGUCAACCGCAGCAGUGCUGCUCCAACUCAACUGCCAAGCAACUCCACAAAUCUUCUGUCAUAUCAAAGAGGAGCGACUUAUCAGGAGGGUGCCAAUUAAAAAAAAGAAAGAAGAAGGACGGGACGAGCCGCUGGAAAUCGGAUCAUUUAAUCCAUCACUGCUUUGACACCAGCGGUCCUUUCACAAGUUGGUCCGAAGACUGUCCAGAAGACUCUUUUAAAAAACUCAUCUCAAGUCUGAACUUUUCCUCCAGCGGGAGCGCGCGUCUUGCCACCGACCUGCUAAAAGUUUCCUGCGCUGUUGCGCGCACCAGCUCCAAAAACACACGCCAGUGCCAUCCAGGUAUAAAAGUGGAGCAGGAAAACGCCGUCAUGAUGAGCAACAACUACGGCGACGAGCAGCUGUCCUCGCAGUACUACCAGGGCAACGACUUCGGGGACGAGGAGGACGACGAGAUGCCGGCCACGGAGAAGGACCUGGCCGAGGACGCGCCGUGGAAGAAGAUCCAGCAGAACACCUUCACCCGCUGGUGCAACGAGCACCUCAAGUGCGUCAACAAGACCGUCACCAACCUGCAGAAGGAUUUUAGUGAUGGGCUGAAGCUGAUUUCACUCUUGGAAGUACUGAGCCAGAAGAAAAUGUACAGAAAGCACCACACCAGACCCAACUUCCGUCAGAUGAAGCUGGAGAAUGUUUCUGUGGCCCUGGAGUUCCUGGAGAGAGAACACAUCAAGCUGGUCUCAAUAGACAGCAAAGCCAUAGUGGAUGGGAAUCUGAAGCUGAUCCUGGGUCUCAUCUGGACCCUCAUCCUCCACUACUCCAUCUCCAUGCCCAUGUGGGACGAUGACGACGACGAGGAGAAGAAGAAGUUGACCCCCAAACAGCGCUUGUUGGGCUGGAUACAGAACAAAGUGCCCCAGCUGCCCAUCAACAACUUCAACCGUGACUGGCGGGAUGGAAAAGCCCUGGGGGCUCUGGUCGACAACUGCGCCCCCGGUUUGUGUCCCGACUGGGCGGACUGGGACCCCAACCAGCCCGUGGAGAAUGCCAGGGAAGCCAUGCAACAGGCUGACGACUGGCUGGGUGUGCCGCAGGUGAUUGCCCCUGAGGAAAUCGUGGACCCAGAUGUGGAUGAACACUCAGUGAUGACGUACUUGUCUCAGUUCCCCAAGGCGAAACUGAAGCCUGGGGCUCCUCUUAAACCCAAGCAGCUUUUUCCAGACAAGGCGAAGGCCUACGGACCAGGCAUUGAGCCUCAUGGCAACAAAGUCAUGCAACCAGCCGUGUUCACCGUGGAAACUCUGGAGGCCGGCAACGGUGAAGUGCUGGUGUUUGUGGAGGAUCCUGAAGGACACAAGGAGGAGGCUAAAGUUAAACCCAGCAAAGAGAAGAUCGGAACCUACACAGUCACAUAUGUCCCUAAAGUUGAAGGCGUCCACAAGGUGAAGGUGCUGUUUGCAGGUCAGGACAUUGACAAAAGUCCCUACACUGUAAAUGUUGCCAAGGAUCUCGGCGAUCCACGCAAAGUCCACGCCAGGGGUCCAGGUCUGGACGCCACGGGCAACGUGGCCAACAAACCCACCUACUUUGACAUCUACACGGCUGGUGCUGGAAACGGUGACGUUAGCGUGGUCAUCGUCGAUCCUCAGGGCAAAAAGGACACGGUGGAGCUCGUCCUGGAGAACAGGGGCGACAGCGUCUUCCGCUGCACUUACCACCCCGUGCUGGAGGGCCCUCACACCAUCCACGUGUUGUUUGCAGGACAAGAGAUCCCCAAGAGCCCUUUCAGUGUCAACAUCGCAGAGGCUCCAGCUGUUGCUCCUCCUGCGGGAGCUCCAAUGCAGAUAGCUCCUCAGUCAGUGCGCACCCCACCUGGAGCCAAGGGUGGAGCGAGGGCUCCCCCCCAAAAACCUGGCCGUCCAACAAUAAACCCCAAUGCGUGCAGAGCUACUGGCAGAGGUCUUCAGCCUAAAGGUGUGAGAGUAAAGGAAGUGGCAGACUUCAAAGUUUUCACCAAAGGAGCUGGCAGCGGUGAACUGAAUGUCUCAGUCAAAGGACCAACUGGAGCCGAGGAGCAAGUUAAAGUAAAAGAUGUGGGGAAUGGUGUGUUUGAGUGUGAAUAUUACCCCCUUAAACCUGGUAAAUACACAGUCAGCAUCACCUGGGGCGGCCAGCCCAUCCAACGCAGCCCCUUUGAAGUGGAGGUGGCUGCAGAAGCUGGUUUUCAGAAGGUCCGGGCCUGGGGUCCGGGUCUGAAGACCGGCAUGGUGGGGAAAUCUGCUGACUUUGUCGUCGAGGCGAUCGGCACCGAAGUCGGAACUCUGGGCUUCUCCAUCGAAGGCCCAUCGCAGGCUAAAAUUGAGUGUGACGAUAAGGGCGAUGGCUCCUGUGACGUCCGGUACUGGCCCACCGAGCCCGGUGAAUACGCCGUCCAUGUGAUCUGCGACGAUGAAGACAUCAAGGACAGUCCCUUCAUAGCCACCAUCCUCCCUGCUGACAAUGACGCGUUCCCUGAGAAGGUGAAAGCCUACGGGCCAGGCCUGAAGCCGACUGGCGUCAUCAUCAAUAAACCCACUGAAUUCACCAUCGAUGCCAGCAUGGCUGGUAAGGGUCACCUCAAGAUCUACGCUCAGGAUGCUGAAGGUUGCACCAUCAACAUCAAGAUCGCUGACAGAGGAGACGGCACAUUUGUGUGUACAUACACUCCCAUCAAAGCCAUUAAACACACCAUCAUCAUCACCUGGGGGGAGGUCAAUGUGCCCAACAGCCCCUUCAGGGUGAUGGUUGGAGAGGGCUCUCAUCCCGACAAAGUCAAGGUCUAUGGGCCAGGAGUGGAGAAGACGGGGCUCAAAGCGAACGAGCCAACAUACUUCACUGUGGACUGCGGGGAGGCUGGUCAAGGAGACAUCAGCAUCGGAAUCAAGUGUGCCCCGGGGGUGGUCGGUCCCACGGAGACUGACAUCGACUUUGACAUCAUCAAGAAUGACAAUGACACCUUCACUGUCAAGUACACUCCCCCCGGUGCGGGCAAAUACACCAUCAUGGUGCUGUUUGCUGAGCAGGAAAUUCCAGUCAGUCCAUUCAAGGUGAAGGUGGAUCCUUCCCACGACGCCGGCAAAGUGAGAGCAGAGGGGCCCGGACUCAACAAGACAGGUGUGGAAGUGGGCACUCCAACCCACUUCACCAUCUACACAAAGGGAGCUGGAAAGGCCAAGCCUGAGGUGCAUUUUAAAGCAUCGGGUACCGGAGAAGCGGUUCGUGACUUUGAGAUCAUCGAUAACCACGAUUACUCCUACACCGUCAAAUACACGGCUGUCCAGCAGGGCAACAUGGCCAUUUCUGUGACUCACGGAGGAGAUCCCAUUCCCAAGAGCCCCUUCCACAUUACGGUGGCGCCAGCGAUGGAUUUGGGAAAGGUGAAGGUGGAGGGGUUGGACACCAAAGUGGAGGUUGGAAAGGAUCAGGAAUUCACGGUUAACACCAAGGGCGCGGGUGGGCAGGGCAACGUAGGUGUGAAGAUGACAUCUCCCUCUGGUCGGCCAAUUCCCUGCAAGAUGGAGUCGGAUCAGGCCUCGGGCACUCACGGUGUGAAGUACAUCCCCCCGGAGGAGGGACAGUACAAGGUGGAUGUCAGCUACGAUGGGAACCCUGUUAUGGGAAGCCCCUUCGGGUUGGAGGCAGUCAUGCCAGCGGAUUCUUCCAAGGUGAGAGCUUACGGCCCGGGCCUGAAGGGCGGCAUUGUGGGUAAACCAGCUCCAUUCACCAUUGACACAAAGGGAGCUGGCGCCGGCGGACUGGGUUUGACAGUGGAGGGUCCCUGUGAGGCCAAAAUCGAGUGUCAGGACAACGGCGAUGGCACAUGCUCCGUUCACUACCUCCCCACCGAGGCCGGCGAGUACGCCAUCAACAUCCUGUUUGCCGAGCAGCACAUCCCCGGGUCUCCCUUCAAGGCCGCGGUCCGUCCCGCCUUGGACCCCAGCAAGGUGACGGCGAGCGGGCCGGGCCUGGAGAAGGCCAAGGCGGGAGAGCCGGCCACCUUCACCGUGGACUGCACCGCAGCGGGCGACGCCGAGCUCACCAUCGAGAUCGUGUCCGACGCCGGCGUCAAGGCCGAGGUGCACAUCCAGAAGACGGCGGAGGGGACCUUCUCCGUCACGUACAUCCCGUCCUUCCACGGCUCUCACACCAUCACCAUCAAGUACGGCGGCCACAUGAUUCCCCACUUCCCAAAGGUCCUGCAGGUGGAGCCGUCCGUGGACACCAGCGGCGUGCACGUCUACGGGCCUGGAGUGGAGCCCAGAGGGGUCCUCAGAGAAGUUACAACCCACUUCAUUGUUGAUGCCCGUGCCCUCAACAAGGUUGGAGGUAGCAGAGUAAAGGUUCGCAUUAUCAACCCCUCUGGCGCCAACACAGACAACUACAUCACUGACAAGGGAGAUGGCACUUACAGAGUGGAGUACACAUCCUUCGAGGACGGAAUUCAUCUGAUCGAAGUGCUGUUCGAUGACGCGCCGGUUCCUAAGAGCCCAUUCAGGGUGUCUGUGGUUGAGGGAUGCGAUCCAACCCGGGUGCGUGCCUAUGGGCCAGGUCUGGAGGGAGGAAUAACCAAUAAGCCUAACUUUUUCACCGUGGAGACCAGGGGCGCUGGUACCGGAGGACUGGGUCUGACCAUCGAAGGAGCCUCCGAGGCCAAAAUAUCCUGCAAAGACAACAAAGACGGCAGCUGCAGUGUGGAAUAUGUCCCCUUCACUCCUGGAGACUAUGAUGUGAACAUCAACUACGGCGGUCAGCCCAUUCCUGGAAGUCCUUUCCGGGUCCUGGUGAAGGAUCCGGUGGACCCCAGCAAGGUCAAGUGCUUCGGUCCAGGUCUGGGAGCCGGCGUGAGAGCCCACGUUCCCCAGACCUUCACCGUAGACUCCACCCAGGCUGGACAGGCCCCGGUGGAUGUCAAACUCUUCGGCCCGACCGGUUCUGUGGAGCCUGUUGGAGUGAAGAACAAUGGUGAUGGCACCCACACGGUCCAUUACACCCCAGCUCAGGACGGUCCCUACACUGUAGCAGUCAAAUAUGCAGAUCAGGACGUCCCACACAGCCCAUUCAAGGUGAUGUCUCAACCCGGACACGACGCCAGCAAGGUGCGAGCCAGCGGCCCCGGUCUGGACACCAAGGGUGUAUCUGCCAGCCUGCCCGUCGAGUUCACCAUUGAUGCCCGCGACGCCGGGGAGGGACUGCUCACGGUGCAGAUUCUGGACCCAGAGGGCAAGCCGAAGAACGCCACCAUCCAAGACAACCGGGAUGGGACGUACACCGUGUCCUACGUGCCUGACUCCACGGGCCACUACACGAUCACCAUCAAAUAUGGAGGAGAUGAGAUUCCUUACUCCCCGUACAGCAUCCAGUCCCUGCCCACCGGGGACGCCAGCAAAUGUCUUCUCACAGUUUCAGUUGGAGGACAUGGCAUGUCGAGUCUCCAGAAGCUGCAGACCUCCGAGGACACGGUCAUCACAGUGGACGCCAAGGCAGCCGGGAAAGGCAAGGUGACCUGCAAGGUCCUGACUCCACAGGGGAUGGAGCUGGACAUGGACGUGGUGGAGAAUCACGACGGGACCUUCGACAUUUACUACACAGCCCCUGAACCCGGGAAAUAUACCAUCACCAUUCGUUUCGGGGGGCAGAACAUCCCGAAGAGCCCUUUCCACGUGGUGGUGAGUAAAACUGUAUCCACCGCCUGCUGCCGCGGCUUUCCUUCGGAUGUUUGGCCGUAUUAAACCAAUCAUUCUCCCUCUCUGCGUGUAUUAAAGGCCUCAAACGAGCCCGUGGUUCCUCGUGAUACCGUGGAUCCGCUCUUCCGUCCCGUGAACUUCCUCGUCCCUUUCAUGCCGCAGCAAGGAGAAAUCACAGGUGAGGUGAGAAUGCCGUCUGGCAAGACUGCCCGGCCACACAUCACCGACAAUAAGGAUGGCACCAUCACCAUCAAGUACCAGCCCACAGAGAGAGGCCUGCACGAGAUGGACAUCAAAUAUGAGGGAAACCACAUUCCAGGAAGCCCGCUUCAGUUCUACGUGGACGCCGUGAACACCGGCGUGGUGACGGCCUACGGUCCAGGUCUGAGUUACGGCAUGGUCAACAAAGCUGCCACUUUCACAGUGGUCACCAAGAACGCAGGAGAAGGUGGGCUGUCACUCGCAGUGGAGGGUCCCUCGAAAGCGGAGAUCACCUGCAAGGACAACAAAGACGGCACCUGCACCGUGUCCUACCUGCCGACCGCGCCGGGAGACUACAACAUCAUUGUCAAAUUUGACAACAAGCACAUCCCUGGCAGCCCCUUUACAGCAAAGAUCAUGGGGGAUGACUCCAUAACGAGGACAUCGCAGCUGAAUGUCGGCACGGCGGCUGACGUGUCUCUGAAGAUCGCAGAGACCGAUGUGAGCUCUCUGACCGCCAGUAUCAGAGCUCCAUCGGGCAACGAAGAGCCCUGCCUGCUCAAAAAGUUACCCAACAGACACCUGGGCAUCUCCUUCACCCCGAAGGAGGUUGGCGAGCACGAGGUGAGCGUCAGGAAGAACGGCAUCCACGUGGCCAACAGCCCUUUUAAAAUCAUGGUCGGCCAGGCCGAGAUCGGCGAGGCCAGCAGAGUGAAGGCGUUCGGAAAAGGCCUGGUUGAGGCACACACUUUCGAGAUGGCGGAAUUUUUUGUGGAUACAAGGAAUGCAGGUUAUGGAGGUUUGGCAUUGUCGAUCGAGGGUCCAAGCAAGGUGGACAUAAACUGUGAAGAUGUGGAGGACGGGACGUGUAGGGUGACUUACUGCCCCACAGAACCUGGGAGUUACACAGUCAACAUCAAGUUUGCAGAAAAGCACAUCCCAGGAAGUCCUUUCACAGUGAAGGUGACCGGAGAAGGGAGGAUCAAGGAGAGCAUUACCAGGAAGAGACAGGCAUCUUCUAUUGCCUCGGUGGGCAGCACGUGUGGUCUGAACCUCAAGAUCCCAGGAAACUGGUUCCAGAUGGUUUCGGCUCAGGAGAGGCUGACCAGGACGUUCACGCGCAGCAGCCACACGUACACCCGCACCGAGCGCACGGAGAUCAGCAAAAUCCGCGGCGGGGAGACCAAGAGGGAGGUCCGUGUGGAGGAGAGCACCCAGGUGGGAGGACAGGCGAGCCCCUUCAGAGACGUCUUCGGGGACUUCUUGGGCAGAGAGAGUCUCAGCAGCUUCGCCGGCAUCACCCCCAGACCCGAGGUGGAGAGCGGUUCCCAGGCCAUGACGGCUCAGGUGACCAGUCCCAGUGGAAAGACAGUGGACGCCGACAUCGUGGACGGAGGGAGCGCCACGUACAGCGUUCGCUUCAUCCCCCAGGAAAUCGGACCUCACACUGUCAACGUGAAGUACAGAGGCCAGCACGUCCCCGGCAGCCCCUUCCAGUUCACCGUGGGGCCCAUGGGCGAAGGCGGGUCGCACAAGGUCCGCGCUGGCGGUCCUGGCCUGGAGAGAGGCGUGGCUGGAGCACCUUCUGAAUUUAGUAUCUGGACCAGAGAGGCGGGGGCUGGCGGUCUAUCCAUUGCAGUGGAGGGUCCCAGCAAGGCGGAAAUCUCUUUCGAGGACAGGAAAGACGGCUCUUGCGGUGUCUCCUACAUAGUGAAAGAGCCAGGUGACUACGAGGUGUCAAUCAAAUUCAACAACGAGCACAUCCCUGACAGCCCCUUCAUCGUUCCAAUUGCUACGCUGUCAGACGAGGCCCGCAGGCUCACUGUGACGAGCCUUCAGGAGAAGGACUUGAAGGUGAACCAGGAGGCAUCCUUCAUGGUGCAGCGCAACGGCGCCCGAGGUGUGGUGGACGCCAAAGUUCACACGCCGUCCGGCUCCUCUGAGGAAUGCUACGUCUCAGAGCUGGACAGCGAUAAAAGCGCAAUCCGCUUUAUUCCACGUGAGAAUGGCGUCCAUUCCAUAGACGUCAAGUUCAACGGAUGCCAUAUUCCUGGAAGCCCCUUCAACGUGCGAGUGGGCGAUCCGGGGCUGAUUGGAGACCCAGGACUGGUGACUGCACACGGGCCCGGAUUGCUGGGAGGAACCACAGGCGUACCCUCCGAGUUUGUGGUCAACACCUGCAACGCAGGUUCUGGCACUCUAUCAGUCAACAUCGAUGGGCCGUCCAAAGUGAAGAUGGACUGUCGGGAGUGUCCCGAGGGAUACAGGAUCACUUACACACCAAUGGCGCCCGGGAACUAUCUCAUCACCAUCAAAUACGGCGGGCCACAGCACAUAGUGGGCAGUCCUUUCAAAGCCAAAAUCACAGGCGUGAGGCUGUCCGGGGGACACAGCCUCCACGAGACCUCCUCCGUCUUAGUUGAAACAGUCACCAAGACCUCCAAAAUGGGUGGGGCCUACAGCGCGUCCUCCUCCACCACCUCGACCAAACUGACAUCCGACGCCAGCAUGGUCGUCUGCCGCGGAGCAGGUCUGACCAAGGCUCUGAUUGGGCAGAAAAACAACUUUACGGUCGACUGCAGCAAAGCAGGAUCCAACAUGCUGAUGGUAGGUGUUCACGGACCCCAGGCUCCCUGUGAGGAGGUGUACGUCAAACACAUGGGCAACAAGCUCUACAAUGUCACCUACGCCGUCAAGGACAACGGCAGUUAUACCGUCAUCAUCAAAUGGGGCGAUGACAAUGUCCCUGGAAGUCCCUUCAAAGUGGGUGCACCUUAAGAAGAAAAAAAAAACUCUCCUACACCAAGCCACCUCCCUUUUCUUUUCUUUUUUUUUCCAUCAUUCAAGCUCCCCCGGCACCUCUUUUCUGGUUCGGCUCAUUUUGGAAAGCACUCCAUUCGAAUGAAGCCCUGCAAGGAUGUUUGCUUGCAGCUUUACUGUGGCAAAUUAUGCAUUGUGCCAAAGUUUUGUAUUAACUCCAUAAAUUAUGUUAUGAAGUCGAGGCAACCGUCUGUUUUAGGAGUCGGAUAUUUUCCCUGGUCCAUAAAAUCCCCCCCCACUUCUUUUCUGUUUUGGUGUAAACAGAUGACAUCAUGUAGAAUGUUAAGAGACGCUGGAGUGAUAUAAACAGUAUUAAAGUGUGAUGCAAUUUGGUUUUGUAUGGUUUAAGAAUGAGAAUUUUAAUUUUUUUGUUAUAUUAACCUUUUUUUGGUAAGUCUUUGCAGACCUAAUAAAAAUGCAAUUGCUAACUUUCCAAA